CAAAGAUCGUCGCUUUGACGUUGGCACUAAUAUUUAAAUUAAGAUUCUCGCUUAUAAAAGUUGGCGCUAAUAUUUAAAGAUUCUCGCUUAUAACGUUGGUAGAUUUAUAUAUAAGAUCACUUAUGGCCUGAUCCACUAAUUUAGGGAGUUAUCAUUAUUGUUGAGUAUAUAUAAAUAUAUUUUCCUUUUUGGAGAUCAACGAGCUUCGAAUGUCCAUGGCGAUAUCUCAUGUUCAGGCUCUGCUUUGUCUCCUCGCAUCACUCUUCUUCUUACCCACUUUGUAUGCCUACAAGUUCAAAUACUGUAACAAUAAUACUGGAUAUGAUUUCGGUAAAGUAAUUGGUCUGGCGACCACCCCAAAGGACGAUGACACAACCACUACAAUAUACGUAUUUCUUAACGCAAACAAAAGUCUCGAUAAAGGAAGUGUGAUCGUGAACCUUAUAAUUGGCGAAGGUGAACAAGCCUGGGAUGCAGAAAUGUACGAGCUCAAUGAAGUGGUGAAUGCAUUACCGAUAGAACCUGGCAUCAUAACUAAUUUAUCUAUGACUAAAGUUCCUCUGCAAAGCGAUCUCGUGAGGUAUGAUAAGGUUACGGUAACUUUGUUUGAUGGAGACUUUAAAGAAAUAUUGUGCAUCACCUUCAAUCCCAAUGAUUACACAGCAUCAGCAGCAGCAGUCUAUGCAUAAUCAAGUUGGCGAAGUGAAAAUAAGUUAUUAAAGUCUUUAUAGAUGCUCUCUCUAUGAGUCUCUAUCUACCUUUCCACCCUUUUAUGUGUUAUCCAACAAAUAAAACAUAACCUACAAACCAAUAUUUAAUUUAUAUCUGUUGUAAUUUCGUUUUGGUUUAUGUCGAGAUCAAACAGAUUAUCUGUUCUAGUUUCACUAAAAUCUACUAUAUACAUUAUAUAAGAAAGAAACUCUUCUUACUA